CAAUUCCAUCACAACUACUCCUCCUCCUCCUUCUGGUGAUCCUUUUGACUUCUUUGAUAUCUCCAAACGGGCUCCCUCAUAGUCUUCUCAUCCCUUCGAAUCUGCGCGUAUGUUUUCUCUUCAACAUCAACGACAACGACCACCACCACCACCACAACGUUGGGACUCGCUCAUCAUCAGCUUCUGAACGUCACACUUCAGUAUCAACCAGUCCUCUUGACAACUUGUGGUCUCAUCGCGUCACAACUUGGCGUCGACCAUGUCGGAUACCUCGAGCAUUGACGAGGCGGCCAUGGCAUUCACGCAGUCCAUCUCCAGAACCAGUCGUUUGACGUUCGGAACGCCGCCUCAAAUCAACAAACCGCUGCCUGCGUACCCAAGUUUAAACACGUCCACAAUCUUCGAGCCACGAAGCGACGAAAACCAGGUGAGAGCACCAAUCGACAUCUCGUCCCUGAAACAACCGAUACCGUCACCUUCAACACCACCAUCGAACGGUGUACAUCCCCAAGGUCCGCGUGCUCAUCCAUACGGCUCUCCUAUCGCCAGGAAGCCAACAACGGUGCCUUCACAGCUUCCGUCACCGUCGUUGAUUCGAAACGAUUCAUUGACACCUCUUGCAUCUGACUUUUCGACACAGCCUUCGUUCGACGGCAGCGCUUUUGCGCCAUCUCCUCAAUUCCUGUCUAACGAGCGCCGUCUCUCGUCCAUUGGGAAGGGUAUCUCAGCUCCGAGAAACGCUGCCUCAUCGUCUGCGGUGACAACAUCUACUCCGAAGCGCUUCUCCAUCGAAAGCCCUCGACAGUCACUCAUCCCUCGGAUGACUUCACCAGCUUCAUCUCUUCGCGAGACCCUGCUCUCUUCACGGCCGGUGUCGGUUCAUCGAACGGGUCUAACAGAGACAACGGUAGCGAGAAGCAGCAGUCAAACCCUCCGUCAGGAGGAGCAGGGAUCAAUGCUGCAAUAUUCGGAUAUCUCGCCUGGCAAUUCACGGCCACACAGCCCAUCACCUGGUAGCUUCUCUCAGCCACUGCCAGGAGGUGCAAAGCGUCAGUCUCGCAUACCGUCAUUGGUCAAGCAAACAUCAAGCCUCUCUCUGCAAUCAUCAAGCGCCUCUCUGAGAUCCCCCAGCCUCGCAUCACGCUUGCCCAUCACAGGCUCAAAGCGGGCAACAGUGAUCGAUGUCAAGUCUCGUACAUCAGCAGAGCGUCUUGCUUGGCAAUACGCACAGCAGGAGGUUCUCCCAAACACUGGCACUUCUACAUCAUCACCAACACCAAACGAUGGGGAUCGCCAUCCAUUCCUACGUCAAUCACCGCAGUUGGCUCCUCGUCUACAAUCCGACACUCUCAAAAACUCUCCGGAAGACUCGUCGCACCGUGAAGACUCGCCCUUGUUUCAGAAAGCUCCGCCUUCUCGCAGUCCGUUCACAGCUCCUCUGCAGACCAUCCAGUCAGAAGGCGUACUGCCAUGCUUUCCGGAUGAUGAGAAAGAUGGCGGAGUCAGGGAUUCCAUGGACAUCAUCGAUCAUACUACCACACAGUCCAAUACUGCGCUGCCUGAAGAUGAAAGGCCCAAAGAGAUCGACGAUGCAUCUCAGAAGGCGGCCAGUAGCACACAGCUACAAACACAAAAGCGCGCGAACGAGGCUACGACGCUUUCAUUCGCAUCCACCGCAUCUGAUGGACAGAUCGAUCCACGUUCGUCUUUGAUAGAAAAGGCGGCGGUUGCUGCGACAUAUGUCAAACACGGAGACGUCUUCACAGCAGAGCAAGAAAGCGUCGCCAAUGGCAGUGACACCCAGAGCGAUCUGAAGCCUGCGACAUCCAUCAGCAAAUGGUCGACAAGCACCCGCUCCGAAGUGUCACCUCCAGGCGGGUCUCGCAUCAUGCGUCGGGUAUCGGGCACCAUCAAACGAGUACGCACUCCCAUGGGACUGCAUCAAGAGGCCCAGAACGAAUCUCCCAAAGUUCAAUCACCGCGCACUCUACGCCCUCGCAAGGCCAGUCUCAAUGCCACACGGGAUCGGUCACGCUCUCCAUUCCCUUUGCAUGGCGGUUCUCCACGCUCCAAGAGGCAAUCAGAUGACCAGACAUUGGUGAAAGACUCAUCUAUGAACAGGAUCUCUGAAUUAAACGGCUCCGCGAUGAAGAUCGGUGAGAAAUCGACAUCAGUUGAUCCGGUUCCAGCAAAAGUCUCGAAUCCGACGAAACGUGGACGCCUGGCGAAAGAGUCUUCGGCUCCUCAAACCGGCCUACCACCACGAGAGCACUCCAGAAGUCGCAUGGUCCUGAAUAAAAUCAACCAUCUCUUCUCUGGCAAACGAUCGAAAAAAGCAGUAGCUUCACCUGCUCCACCGAUUCCGCCGCUCCUGAAGCGCAAGCCGUCCAGGGACACCCUCCGGGAAAAGAGUCUACCUCCAAAAAGCUCAACCCACAACUUAAACCCAUCGACUCCCCUAUCCACCACAUCCACCCCUCGCCCUGCCCGUCCCAGCCAGGGUAACAACACUACAUCGCCCUCACCUUUCACCCCGCGACGUAUCCCACCCAUCAAACCCAACGCGACCACCACCCCUCCACGACCAUCUCCCUACACCUCCGGCCCCUCAUCCCUGACCCAACCGCUCAACGCCCUCCGCACCCCAGCCCCGGACCGCCACCGCGCCCUCACCGCCCGCCUGGUCCAAAUCGCCCGCAACGAGCCCUCCCCAUCCCGCCGAGAACGGCUCUUCCACUUCGCGGCGAUCCUGACCGACGCCGUGAUCCAAGCCCGCGAGGCGGAGAUCUCCGCCGAGACGGCCGCGGCGGCGGCGAGGAGCGCGGCCAUCAGCCAUCAGAUGACCGUCACGGCGGUAGAGAUGAUCGGAAGGCUGGUCGGGAGUUUGGGAGGCGCAUCUCUUUCUUCUUCUGCUGGUGGUGGUGGUGGGGGUCAUACUUCGGAGGGAGGAGGUCGAGGUAGACGAUGAGGAAGGGAUUCUAUGUGGAUCCUCUUAUGGCUUUUGUGCUUGUCGUUGUGUUUCCUGUUGUUGUUGUGUGGAUGACGGAAUGAUCCACCGAGGAUGCGACGGAAGUGUUUGUGCGCCGUCACGAUCGGACUCUGCAAUGUAAUGUAAUGACGAAAUUGAAACGAAGCCACGUCUAACUUUUCCUGUAUGAUUCAAUGCUGACGAUGGGAGCUUUCUUUCUUUCUUACUUUUCACCAUUUCUCCUUUCCUUCCCAAAGGUCUCUUUUACCCCCUCGCGUGAUAGAGAUAGUAAGUAGCAUUUCGCAUCUGAAAUCGUCGCGGGAUGCAAUGGCCCGCCAGCCAGCGCCAGAUCAAUUCGAAACUAUUUUUGAUUCC